CAAUCGUGGACGCGUCCAGUGUUGGCGUCAGAGGAGCUACCCGGGAGCAGACGGUAUGGAGGAGCUCAACAGGUAGUUCUCCAGCACAACUCCGAACCAGUUUAAGGAAGCUGUCAACUUCAUCCGAGCCGCAUUCACAGCUCUCAGCACCGGGGGACAGGAAUGGAGAGCUCGGCUGGGAGCAGAGAGCCGGCCGCGGGGAGCAGCGGGUCGGAGCGCGGAGCGGAGCCGAGCAGCGGAGGGCGCUCGGAGCUCCUCCUGUAUCUGACCUGUCUGCCGGAGAGAUACCGGACCGCCAAGUUCAGCCUGGCUGCCUACCUGCUCUGCUGGGCCCUGCUCAGGUGGUACCAGAAACUCAAAUGCCAGUCAGCCCCACUACAGCCACAGGAAGCGCUUGAAGACUCCCCCCUUCUCUCUGAAGGAUUAGGCUUAGAGGAGGGGGAUUUGGGUGCUGACUCCUUGAAAUGGUGCGAGAGAAGUACAGGAGGUGGUGACACAUCGGAUGAGUAUUUUGACUCUCGCUCAUGGCACAGUGACACCUUGUCGGAUUUAACUGCAGACGGGGAGGACUGUGUUGUUGCUCUGCUUGGACUGGAAGAUACCUACGAUGAUCAUAAAGGCGGUUUCUUCCAGACUGGGCAGAAUAAAGCCCGAAGGAGAGAAUUAUUGACCGCCAAGGACAGCCACAGAGAUGCCACAGAGACUUCUGUUGGACAAACCAGUUGUAGCAGAAGGAAAAGCCCAGAGAACCAUCUAGACUCUUUUACCUUAGAGCUCAGCACCACAAACCUGUGCUCAGUUGAGACCCGACCCCAUCCAAGUAAAGAGAAAUUAAAACUCAACUUGCUCAAACAACAGUCCAGUUUACAGUCUGUUUCCACAGAAACUCAACCGAAGGGUUGCACGGAGCCAUACAGUUUACAUGUACUGAGCCAACACAAUAACAAGGUAAAUACUCAAAUAGACACCCAGGAAGUAAAGCUCCUUGCACAGCCAGAAAAAAACAAAUCCAACAGACCGAAUGAAUCUAUAGAGUUCAAAACAUGUAUGAUACACACAGAUGCAAAAGAGGACGGAACUGUGGAGACACAACCAGAAGAACAGCAGGAAAGUGUCGAAAUCAGCAAUUUUCAGGAUGUAGUACGUAAUAUUGAACAGCUCAGUACAAAUGUUGGAGAGCGAAACCCAGCUUUAAAUAAAUGCAACAGUGAUUUUAUAGAUAGACAUCAUCAAAUUUUAGAGCAUCAGAGUAUAAUCAAUGAAAUCAGUGACAAUAGGAGCUUGUGUAAGAGUGUGGGGAUAUUUAAUAAUCAAACACCUAACAAAAUAGAGACUAAAUGUAGCAACAACACAAGCAUAGCAGAUUCAAAUUUUAUAGAUGGAAUACAUGCAAAAAAACCUGACAGUAUUUGUCCACCAGCAUACCCUCAAUCUGAGACUAAAUACACAGACUCUCAGAUAAUUACAGAAAACUUGGCAAUUUCAAACAUCACAGACGCACAUGGCACAAAGACAAAUAGGGUAUCAAAUAACACCAACUCUAAUCUCAUUGGCAAACUCAAUACACAAAUCAAUGUACUGGCAAACGAGGUUGACUUUAGCUGUUCACAAAUUCAGUGUGAUGAGAGCCCCAACGGAUUUCUGUCAGAGACCCACCCUCAAGUUUGUAAUGGUGUAACAACAUCCCAUGAUAAGACAAAGGUGUCAGGUGUCUGCUUCCAGGCGGAACAGGGUGGGCUUGUUGGCACUGUUGCAGAGAGGACAAUAUCACUUGGGACAGUAAAUGAAAUCUGUUCCUCCAUCACAUUUUCCACAGAGACUACAGCCUCUUUGGAUACCUGUGCCACUGAGCAGACUAUUGUUCCAAAAUUUCCUAAAGUAGCUUCACCUGUCCCACUGGUUGAGGUAGACAGGGAGGAGUUCACAGGGAGGGAACGAGAUCAAAAGCAACCUCAGAUGUUACAACUAUGGCAAGGUCAAAGUCAAAACCAAGAUUUAAUCCCCAAUAACUUGGAUCAGGGGAAUGCUGAAUCAGAAAUACCCUUUUGCAAGCAGCUCCAUUUAGUGGAGAAACAUUUGAAGAGGGCUCAGUCAGUCUCUAUAGAAGCGGUGCCUGACUCAACUCAAAUCCAACCUGACACUGUUGACGAGUCAGAGGAAUGCCUGUCUUCUCACACAUUUUCAAAUAAUUUGCUGUUUUUAUCUGACAAGCAAGAAGCAGAGGAGAUCCCCUCUCUGUUAUCAGAGAAGUUUAGAGGGGAAUGGGUGAGGGUCGGAUCACCCUGCUCUCUUCUCUGGCCAGCCAAGGAAUUGGAGGGGGAGUACAGUUAUGUUUGUCCUGACCAGGAACAAGUGAGUAAAGCGGAGAGUAAAGUCAGUCUUUCACAGUCAAAACUUCGCAAAACAGAGCUCUCUGAAUACAGUGAGCUGCAAGUUAUUCCAGAAGUCAUUUCCAAUGAUGCUGAGGUCUACUUUUAUACACAGCAUUUGCCUUGUAAGAUAGGGGAGACAUCAACACAUCCUGGAGGGAGUGAGUCUAUUGAGUACAGAAGCAGGGAACACCCAGGUGUAGGUCUAAAGCCAAUUUCUCAGACAAACAUACAAACCACUGCCAGCACAGUUUCUAGUCAAUGUAAGCAAGUUCAGUUGGAUCUGAAGAUCCCUGAAACUCUUAGUAGCCCCAAAACCUCUAUUUUCCUUCUUUCAGACUCUAACAAUAACAACAAGGGCAGCAGAAAAGGUGUACAGAGAGGGGAGGGUAUAGAUUGUUUCUUAGGGCGAGCCCAGAGCAAGAGUAAUGACAAAAUAAUUUACCCACUGGUUGAGCCAUCAAAAAAUGUGAAAAAUUCUGAGGUGUCAGUGUCCUCACUAGAUCACAGAUUCAACUGGAGCAACGAGGAAUCAGAAUGUGUGCAAGGAAAAAACAGUAAAAGCCUUGUCCAUUUAAGCCUGGUCCAUGCAGAUCAGCUACAACAACCUAAGACAGAGAAGAGUACUGACAAUAAUGCAGUUUUAAAAAGACUAAUGCUCAAGCAUUCCAACUCAGAAAGGUAUGAAGGCCCUAAGCCAUUAAGUUCAAAUGUGGACUGUCAAUUUAGAGAAGACAAGCUACCAGGGGAUCACAGCUUACCUAAUACAAGAGGAUGCUACACGUCUGAAUCAUUAGAGCGACAUACACUGGCUGUCAAGUGCAGAGGGAACACACAGGUGAGCUUGCCAGCUCCACAGCAAGAGGUGAAGGUAGUAAGAUAUUCACACCCUGAUGUAAGUCUCAACCUACUUGCUGUCCGAAGUUUAGAACCAAUUUGGGAGGCUGAGCGUUUACUGGAAAACUGUGGCACAACAGUAGAUGAUUUAGUAAUAGAAACAGAGAAAGAACAUGAGAUAAUGAGGCCUGCUGAAGAAGAUAGGGAUAUUGUGACCCUUUCAGGGGACCUCUUCAGCCCCUCCGGUCCACAACACCAGGCUGAGCAAAAGGAAAUAUCCUUGGCCACUGCUGAGGUAGAGCCUGAAGUGACAGCUACAUCUGUCCUACGCAGUAGCGAAAAGCACUAUAGACCUAUGACUGUUGCCUAUGAUGCUGUGUGUUACACCUCAGCUAGUAGCAACUGUAAUAUUUCAGACAGAAAUGCCAAUCUUAACAAAAUGAUCAUGAGAAGAAAAACAAAAGGCUGUCAGACAGAAAAUAGAGGCUCUACAUUUUCUGUCUUUGCCAAAAUGCCUUCUUUUAGGAAGGCUAAGGGCUCUAAGGGUAGCAGAAGUGAAAAUGAGCCACCAGAUGGAGAAAAUGAUGACCUUAUGUCUGAGCAAGGCCCAAGGAAGGACAACUCAGAUGAUGAGGUUUUUGUCAGAGGUGACAUCCUCAACCAAACAGUCCACCAAAGUAUUUCCUCGGUGGAUUACGAGAUAGAUGAAGAGAACUGCGACUUCUUCACCUCUACUCCACACGCACACCAUGUCCGUCAUCUAACCGGCCAAGGGAGUAGCCUUGUGGGCAAUGGAGGAUCAAGCCCAGACAGCCCCCUUCUCGGGCAAGUUGAGUCCCCUAAUGGGCUAAACUACAAGAGGAGCAAGAGCAAUGACAGUUUAAACAUUCGUAUGCGCUUUGCACAAGCACACAGGUCUCUUUCCAGUCUGUUUGAGUCCCGUUCCAUGGAUAAGGAGAAUGAGGAGCAGGCCACUGUGUGCAUUGAUGUGGAUUCGGUUAAAGCCAAACAAUCCUGGAGGAAGCUAAAAAAGCCCAAGGAGGCUGAGCUUCUGAAAAGAACUCUGUCAGCGCCAGAUGGGGAAUGUAGCAACACUGGGCAAGACCUUGGACACUUUAUACCUUCUCCACUCCUGGACAGGCUUAGCAAUCCAGGGUCACCAUCCUCCCUCAGAGCCCUUCGCCACACAGAUCCCAUAUCCAAACGGGGAGUUCCACAAGGGAGUGGAAACCCCCAUGGGUGCAAAUCUGAGGGCCAGAGAAGAAAGUGUUUAUCAAAUGCUUUACCUGGCCUAUCGCAAUUUUCAAAUGACUCUGCAAUUCCAUAUCUCAAUAACAUCAGCCCUGUUUCACCUUUGAGCCCCAGCUCACUAGCCGCCCUUACCCACCAGCCUUCACAUACUUGGAGUAGGUCCCACCAAGUUGCUAGUGAGGUCUUGACUGAAAGCCCCCUACGGCCAAUGAGCCCUAAACCCAACAGUCCUAGGCCAGCAGCUCAACGCAAAAACUUCUGCUAUCCUCACUCAUCAAGGGCCAGUUCUGUGUGUCCUAUUCUUCUGGGUCAGUCAGUCAGCGUGGAAGGGCUGACAGACCCCCCUGAGAGACCUAAAACCCUCAAACCCUCAACUAGCCCUUUAGGUGUCAACCUCAGUCUUCUGGAUACGGAAGAGCACAGAAUAGACAGCCAGUCACACAUCAGCCUGUAUGCCUUUGGCUUCAUCAGUGAAUUAGAGGGCUCACAAAAUGGUGGUCGGCCUGGCAGUCAGUCCAGAACGAGAAAGCUGUUGGAGGUGGAAAGCGAAGGGAAGGCCUCUAUGGUUCUUGGCAGGCUGAGGAAUGGCUGCUGGUUGGAUGUGGGCCAUGAAAGAGGUGGCCGGCAGCAAAGGCAAAACUGCUCAGAUGACCUCUGGAUUGAAGAGCAAAAGAAAUACAAACGCAAAUUGGCCAGAGCCAUCAGAGGAAGCCUUGGCCAGCUCAACACACUGAUAUCUGAAGACAUGGACAAAACUGAUGCUGGAGUCACCUCAGGGCCCAUCAAGGCUUUCAGGGGGAUGCCGCUUAAAGCCCACUGCUUCUCUCAGAGCACUCCCAUCGGACUUGACUGCCUGGGCUGGAGAAGACGCAUCUCCUAUACCUCGGUGGUUAUUCCUGAUGGCGCUUCAGAGAGGGCGGGGUUCGGGGAUGAGCUCGGAAGCGAAGACGAUCUCCUGUAUGAAGACUUUCGCAGUUCUGGACAUCGUUUUGGACACCCAGGAGGGGGCGGAGGGGAGCAGCUAGCCAUCAAUGAGCUGAUCAGCGAUGGCAGUGUGGUGUAUGCUGAGGCGCUCUGGGACCAUGUCACCAUGGACGACCAGGAGCUUGGCUUCAAGGCCGGUGAUGUCAUCGAAGUAGUGGAUGCCACUAACAAGGAGUGGUGGUGGGGUCGCAUCAUGGACAGCGAGGGCUGGUUUCCUGCAAGCUUUGUGCGGUUGCGUGUGAAUCAGGACGAGCCGAUGGAGGAGUAUCUGGCCCACCUGGAGGAGGUGCACACCGGUGAGAAGGACCAGGCGGCUCUGGGCCUGUUAUUGGGACCUGGUUUACCCUGCAAAGAGCAGAUGAGGACCAACGUUAUCAAUGAGAUAAUGAGCACAGAGAGAGACUACAUCAAGCACCUGAAAGACAUCUGUGAGGGUUACAUCAAACAGUGCCGUAAGAGAACAGACAUGUUCACUGAGGAGCAGCUUCGAACCAUCUUUGGCAAUAUUGAAGAGAUCUACCGAUUCCAGAGGAAGUUCUUGAAAGGCCUGGAGAAGAAGUUCAACAAGGAGCAGCCGCACCUCAGCGAGAUUGGCUGCUGCUUCCUGGAACAUCAAACAGAUUUCCAGAUCUAUUCAGAGUAUUGCAACAACCACCCCAACGCCUGCAUCCAGCUCUGUAAGGUGAUGAAAGUCAACAAGUACGUGUUCUUCUUUGAAGCCUGCCGACUACUCCAGAAGAUGAUCGACAUUUCCUUGGAUGGCUUCCUGCUCACCCCGGUUCAGAAGAUCUGCAAGUAUCCACUGCAGCUGGCUGAGCUGCUCAAAUACACCAACCCACAGCACAGAGACUACAAAGAUGUGGAGGCAGCCUUGAACGCCAUGAAGAACGUGGCAAGGCUGAUCAAUGAGAGGAAGCGGCGCCUGGAGAAUAUUGACAAGAUCGCCCAUUGGCAGAGCUCCAUAGAGGACUGGGAGGGUGAAGACAUCCUCAGUAGGAGCUCUGAUCUCAUCUUUUCAGGGGAGUUGACCAAGCUGUCUCAGCCUCAGGUCAAGAGUCAACAGAGAAUGUUUUUCCUUUUUGACCAUCAGAUGGUGUACUGCAAAAAGGACAUCCUACGGCGGGACAUGCUGUACUACAAGGGUCGGAUGGACAUGGACAACAUGGAGGUGAUAGAUGUGGAGGACGGAAAGGAGAAAGACUUUAACAUCAGUGUGAAGAACGCCCUGAAGCUGCGAUCAGUGGCUGGUGAUGAGGUCCACCUCCUCUGUGCCAAGAAGCCUGAACAGAAACAACGCUGGCUCCGAGCCUUUGCCGAUGAGAGGAAGCAGGUUCAGCAUGACCGUGAUACAGGCUUCUCUCUCACUGAGGUCCAGAAGAAACAGGCCAUGUUGAAUGCCUGUAAAAGCCAUCCAGCUGGGAAACCCAAAGCGGUGACCAGACCCUACUAUGACUUCCUUCUGCGACAGAAACACCCCUCCCUCCCCACAGCUUUGCCCCAGCAGCAGGUUUUCAUGUUGGCUGAGCCCAAGCGCAAAGCCUCCACCUUUUGGCACAACAUCGGGAGACUGACACCCUUCAAGAAGUAAAAAAAAAAGAUGACAGAAAUGGAAAGCUGUGGAGACAAGACAAAGAGGAGGAGAAAGAGAAGAGCUCUCUGCUCGUGCCUGAACAGACCCUUUUUAAUUCCUCCCCCUUCCUUUCCUACCGGUAACAUUGCCCUGAUUGAUAUACUGAUUUAUUGUAUAGAUAAGGAUGAUUAUGAUGAUGGGGAGAUUAUUUUUGAAAGCACUUUAUAGGUUGGUUAACAAUCAAACUUGAGAAUUGUCUCCUGGAGACACUGAGUCAAACAGGGAGCAUGGACUCUUGCUUAACUUGCUACUAUACCUUCAGUCACGCGCAAACUGGUACUAAUACUACUACUGUACUGCUGCAAGCGAGCGUGGGACUCCUGACUGUGCUGCCUCUGUGAAGACGUUGCCUGUCGACAAAUCCGUGUCGUUCAUUUCCACUGUUCUUAUGUUUUAUGAUUUGACAGAUGCCAACAGUUCGCAGUGCCAGAUGAUUUGUUUUGUAUUUGUUUGUUCUAUGUCUGCUUAUGAAAAAAAAGGGAAAACGAGGAGGGUGAUAACGAUUCUUGUGCUUUUCUCUGUGCAAAUAUAUAGUUUCAGGAUCAUUUCAGCUGGGUUUUGACGUGUUGUGUGAUCUCCAUCCACCAGGAUAUCUUUCUGUAUUUCUCUGGUGCAUUUGUGGUAUUGUGCAAACAAUUUAUUAAAAAACAACAUAAAUGCAGCCCAAAGAAGAUUCAACUCAUCACAGAUACGGAGCUUUUUUAUUCAAACAAACAGCAGCAACCCACACUUUCCAGCAACACACAUUCCUCGAGUCUGAUCCUCGACUCUCCCUUAUACCUACCAUGUCAAUGAAAGUAAACAACCUAUUCUUUCUUUAUUUUUUUAUUUUUAAGUGCCAUUUGAAGUGUGCCAUGGAUGACUUACAAUGACAUGCAUGGAUGUGAUGAAAAAUACUGUGAAGAUUAUUUUUUGUAUCUUUGAAGAAUCCAGCUAUAUUUAACCAGAUUCAGGAAACUGAUGACUUUAUUGUGCUACUAGGCUGACUCUCUCUCUCUCUCUCUCUCUCGCUCUCACACACACACACACACACACACACACACACACACACACACACACACACACACACAAACAGACAGUUAUUUAUCUACCUGUACUUCUGAUAUCCAGUAUCCCUGCUCUGUGUAUCUGGUCUCCGGUAUAAUCUCUUUUCAAAUCAAUGCAGCCCAGUGAUAUGACUUUGUAAGUGCAUUCAGUGAAAUGUACUCCUCUCACCUUUAUGUUCAAAUGUUUUAGCUUCUGACAAUAUGGAAUAUUAAACAUUCCUAAGCUGACAAA